GGUUUCGUUGGGCCAAUCACAGGAGGCGGCGGGAGAGUUUGAAGUAUCAGGGAGAGUCCGCAUCGUCGCCGCGCCAUGUCCGCCGCAUCGCGUCAGAUUUACUAUUCGGAUAAAUAUGAUGACGACACGUUCGAGUACCGCCAUGUCAUGCUUCCCAAAGACGUCGCCAAGCUGGUCCCUAAAACACACCUCAUGUCUGAGACGGAGUGGAGGAAUCUCGGGGUUCAGCAGAGCCAGGGCUGGGUGCACUACAUGAUCCAUGAACCCGAGCCCCACAUCUUACUGUUCCGAAGGCCAUUGCCCCAGAAGUCGUAGGCGCAGGCCUCCCCGCUGCUCCCGUUGGCUGCAAGCACCUUCUCGUAAAGCUUGUUUUCUCCGGAUCCGUGCCGGCUGUCCGUAUAACCGUCUCUUUUGGACUGAAGCGCGGGAAGGAUACGAUUGGCUGGAAUGGAUAUUUAUGGCGUGUGGAUUGUGUGUGGGUGAUAUCGAGCGUGGAUCGCUGCUGGUUAUUGCCGGCCGGUGGCUGCUGAUGUGUCCCGUCUGUCUCUAUCUAUGUUACCACGACGAUGCAAGUGUUUUAUUGCAACUCACUUGAAUAAAGUGGUUUGGUUUUA